UAAAGGCGUAGCGAGAACGUCCCAUCAACAGAAAGGAAGAGAUGCCAUGAACUGAACAGUGUAUGUCCACUGGAUAACCUUUACUCUGAAAUAGAGGAAAACUGACAGAAAUCUCUGCUGAAGAAUGGACAACCAAAACAAGUGGAAAAGACAUCAAAGACGAGCUUCCACAGGUCCAGAGCAUGGACAAAGACAGGAAAUUGGAGUAUCUAAUCAGCAAAGAGAUGCUAGAAGUUCCAGAGGAGGGGCUGCAGGUGGAGGUGGCAGAGGAGGUGCAGCAGGUGGAGGAGCAUGUGGAAGUGGUAGAGAAGGGCGAGUAGGGAGAGGAGCAGGUGGAGGUGGUAGAGGAGGGGGAACAGGUGGAGGUGGUAGAGGAGGGGGAGCAGGGAGGGGAGCAGGUGGAGGUGGUAGAGGAGGGGGAGCAGGGAGGGGAGCAGGUGGAGGUGGUAGAGGAGGGGGAGCAGUGAGAAGUGAGAGGAGAGGAGAAAACAAUGGAAACCAAAGGCUGGAUGUUGCGAGGGAGACAGACAGAGUUGGAGAGGUUCAGAGAGGAAGAGCAGGACAAGACAGAGGAGGGGCUCCAAGAGGGAGGGGACCUGGUGGGAGAGGGAACAGCAGAGACGGAGCCCUGGAGAUACGUAAACUUGGGUACAAAACGCUGGAGGAGCUGCUGGAGAAAGACACAUCUGUGGUGGCCAUUACCCUCUCAUCCAGUCCAGGCUUGCGCGCUUUGCUGGAGGAGAAGCCCAUGCGGCAGGACCUUGUACAGCUGCUCUGUCAGGUAUUUCGCAAGGCCUUUCAGGCCAAGAAUGACCGCAGGACAGUGCUUCAUGUAGCCCAGACAGUCAAGGACUCUGGCUUCUUCCAAACCAUGCUUCCUCUCUAUGUGACUGGGAUGAUGUCUGCUUACAACCCAGAUCGGAGGCAGCAGUACCCACUGCACUUGGAAAACAUCAUUAGCCUCCUGAUGGACAUGGUCAGUAUGUUCCCCUCCAGCUCCAUCCUCUCCGUGUCCAUGCUGGUGGCUGUCUUGAAACCAGUGGUCAACCAGCUACGAGCAUCUGGGACAGAUGUCCCUGCCAGUGUUGACAAUGACCUAGAGAAGAUCCAGGGCCUGGUUGAUCACCUUCAGAAGAAAGCAAGGGAGGGCACCUUACGUUCAGACAAUUACACUGUCCUAAUAGGCAAUGAAGCAGGGGAGGAUGACUUCAGGAGCAUGGCAGUCUAUCCAACCCCUGAAGAAUUCCACCAGGACCAAAAGCCAUUGCUGCGGCCCAACGUUAUGUGGCAAAGCUAUCCCAGUGCUCAUAUCUACCUGGAUACUCAUUUUAGGCUUUUGAGAGAGGACUUUGUGAGGCCGCUACGUGAAGGCAUCAGGCAGCUGCUUGAAAGUCAGCAUGAUGAGAGUGGUGAGCCAAUGAGAAAAAGGCGUUUCGAUGAUAUCAGAGUCUACUUUGACACCAGAGUCAUCGUACCACUCUGUACCCCAUCGGGCAUUGCCUACAAAGUGCAGUUCGACCCCCGACCCUUACAGUUUGUACGUUGGGAGAAUUCCAAACGACUUCUGUAUGGGUCCCUGGUCUGCCUGUCUAUGGACAAUUUUGAAACAUUCCUCUUUGCCACGGUUGCUGAUCGUGACCCCAAGAAGCUGAGCGAAGGUCAUGUCCAGCUGUGUUUUUCUAGAGAGAGUCAAGCUGAGCUGCUCGAGAUCAAGACUUCUCACUCCUUCCUGAUGGUGGAGACCACCGCAUACUUUGAGGCCUACCGCUAUGUCCUGGAGGGACUUCAGGAGCAAGAGGAGGACGAGCUCCCCUUCCAGAGGUACAUAGUGGAAUGUAACCCAGAUGUCCACCCUCCAGAAUACCUCACACGAUUUGUGAGGGCGUAUGAUCUGUCCUGCGUUGCAGCAGAGGACCAUCGGGACAGUAUCAAACCCUUCAACCCUCUGCAGCCUGAUGCAUGGCCCACUGAGGAGCAGCUAGGCCUGGAUGAGAGUCAGCUCCAAGCCCUUAAACUGGCACUCACUAAAGAGCUAGCUAUCAUACAGGGCCCACCAGGCACAGGGAAAACAUAUGUUGGGCUAAAGAUCGCACAGGCUUUGCUGGAGAACAGUAUGGCAUGGUCAAACAGUUCCCCUAUGCUGGUGGUCUGCUACACCAACCAUGCUCUAGACCAGUUUCUGGAAGGUAUCCACAGCUUCUUAAAGAAGGGCAUCGUGAGGGUUGGAGGGCGCAGUAAUAGUGAGAUCCUGAAACAUUUCUCUCUACGAGAGGUGACCAAGCGGCCUGACUUCCGUCGCAGCCUGCCAUCACACCUUAAGAGGGCCCAUUCUGAGAUCUAUCGGGAGAUGAAAUUCAUGGAGAACCAGAUAAAGAGUCAGUCAUUACGUCUGGAGUGCAGUCUGCAUGGGGUCAUUAAUGAGCGCUUCCUGUGGCAGCACAUGUCUGAUGAGCACCGGUACAGUCUGAAUCGGCAGCCGAUGCAGAAUGGAUUUGAGAAUGUAGGAGGGAAGGUCCCGAUAAUCAUCGAGUGGCUCGACCUGGGUGCAUUCAUGUUUCAGCAGAUGCCAUCUCAGCAGGCUCUCCAUGGCAAUGCAGAAGGGAAGGAGGAGGUUGAGCCCAAAAAGGAAGAGGAGCUGUUGGAAGUGGAUGAAGAGGCAGCUCUGAUUCAGGCAGAGAGGAUCCUUUUUGACGCAGAGCCUUGGGACACAUAUGGUGACCAGUACAACACAGAGGAGCUCAUGGCUCAGCUGGAAGAGCGCACACUGGCCAUGAACCUGGAGCAGGCUGAGGACGAGGCCCAAGAGCAACAGGCCCAGGGACAGGCCCAGGCACAGGCCCAGGGUAAUAGAACGGUCGAUGAUGAAAAGUGGCAGGUUCAGCGUCACCAGAAGAGGAAGCUGAAGCAGAUGGUCAAGAGGGAACUGAGGGAGAGUUCAGCCAUGAGCAUAAAAGAAGAGGGGCAAGUGAGGAAUGUGUGGCAGCUUGAAUUGAAAGACAGAUGGAGGCUUUACCGCCUCUGGAUGCAGCGCUACCAGACUGACCUUCGUGAAAAGUCUCUUCAUGCUGAGCAAGCCUUUCAGGAUGCUGCUGAGCGCCUCGUUGAAAUCCGCCGGCGUGAGGACUUGUGCGUGCUCAGGCGUGCCAGAGUCAUUGGCAUGACAACCACAGGGGCCGCCAAAUACCGCCAGGCCCUGCAGGAGCUCCACCCAAGGCUGGUGAUCGUGGAGGAGGCCGCCGAGGUCCUGGAGGCCCACACCAUCACCACUCUCAGCCCCGACUGCCAGCAUCUCAUUCUGAUCGGAGAUCAUCAACAGCUGAGACCUAGUGCCACAGUCUAUGAACUAGCCCAGAACUUCAAUCUGGAGGUGUCCAUGUUUGAAAGGCUCGUUAAUAUGAAGUUCCCUUUUGUCAGACUUAACUACCAGCAUCGUAUGAGACCAGAAAUUGCUCGGCUCUUGACUCCUCAUAUCUACUCAGAGCUGGAGAAUCACCCUUCUGUACUGGAGUAUGAAAAUAUUAGGGGGGUUCUCACAAACCUUUUCUUUGUGGACCACAAGUUCUCUGAGUUGGAAAUAAAGGAUGGCCGAAGUCACCAAAACGUUCAGGAGGCUAAUUUUGUGGUGGCACUGUGCCGCUACCUAUUGUGUCAGGAAUACCAGCCCUCUCAGAUCACUAUCCUCACCACCUACACUGGCCAGCUCUACUGUUUACGCAAGCUCAUGCCCGCCAAGGAGUUCUCAGGGGUCAAAGUUCAUGUUGUUGACAAAUACCAAGGUGAGGAGAACGAUAUUGUCAUAUUGUCACUGGUGCGCAGCAAUGCUCAGGGCAAGGUUGGCUUCCUGAAGAUACCGAACCGCGUUUGUGUUGCACUUUCUCGCGCCAAGAAGGGGCUGUACUGCCUGGGGAACACGGAAAUGUUUAGCCAGGUGAAGUUGUGGAGCAACAUCCUUCACACUCUGCGGGAGAAAGAUCAGGUGGGUCGCGCUUUGACCCUGAGUUGCCAGAACCACCCAGAAACAUGCACCCAGGUGGCCUGCGCCAACGACUUUUUAAAAGUCCCAGAAGGUGGGUGCAACAAGCCCUGUGAAUACCGCCUAGACUGUGGUCACGUCUGCAUCCGCAUGUGUCACCCAUACGACACCGAGCACAAGAAAUACAAGUGCAAUAAAAACUGCACCAAGGUGUUGUGUGAGCUUGGGCACAAUUGCCCACGUCUGUGCUAUCAGGAGUGUGGAAAGUGCAAGGUACCCAUAGAGAAGGUUAUUCCAAAGUGCCAACACAAUCAGUGGAUGCCCUGCCAUGUGGAUCCUAAUUCGUUCCUCUGCAUGGUGCCGUGUGAGAAGAAGCUGUCUUGUGGCCACCCAUGUCAAGCGACCUGUGGACAGCCAUGCACUGCCUUUUGCAAAGUCAAAGUUCCCAUGACUCUAAAAUGUGGACACACCCAGGUCGAGCCAUGCCACGUCUCCACGGACCCCACAAGAUGCCCACCCUGCAGAACCCCAUGUGGCACCAUCCUGAAGUGUGGUCAUGUCUGCUUGGGGACAUGCCACAAAUGUCGCCAUGGGCGUCUACACAGUGCCUGCAAGCAUCAGUGCCAGCGCAUUCUUCCAUGCGCACACCAGUGCAAGGUGCCCUGCACAAGGAACUGCCCGCCUUGCACAGUGCCCUGUCAGAACCGCUGCAUUCAUAGCACGUGUAAGAGGCAGUGCGGCCAGCCCUGCGUCCCGUGCAUGGAGCCUUGUGGGUGGACGUGCCCCCACCAGAGCUGCAGCAAACUCUGCCACGAGCCGUGCGACCGGCCUCCGUGCAAGGAGAAAUGCAAUGAGACACUGCCCUGUGGGCAUCCCUGCAUAGGGCUUUGUGGAGACCCGUGCCCAGAUAAGUGCAGAGUGUGCCAUUAUGAGGAAGUGACCGAGAUCUUCUUUGGUAACGAACAGGAGCCGGACGCUCGCUUUGUUCAGCUGGAGGACUGCAAGCACAUCAUCGAGUCCACGGCCAUGGACCUGUACAUGGGCAUGGACGAGGACCAGGAAGCUGGCCUGGAUCAGCGGGCCAUCCGACUCAAGGAGUGUCCCAGGUGCCGCACGCCCAUUCGCAGAAAUGUGCGCUAUGGCCCCCAUGUCAACCGCAGCCUGGCAGACAUCGAGAAGGUGAAGGAGCAGAUCAGAGGUAUGCAGUCUGACAUCAAAUCUAAGCAGGAGGAGCUUCAGUUGUUUCUGAAGGGGAAGAAGAACCUUAUUGCGCACUUCUAUCAAGAAUAUGUUCAAAUCGGAGAUAAGCUUCAGGAGUCUUGCCUGUCUCUUCAAGACCUCUGGCACCAGGAGAUGUUGAUAUCGUUCCUCGAGAGUAUUGGGAAACUGCUGCAGAUGCAGAGUGAUUGCACAGCUUCACUGGAGGCUGACUUGUUGUCAUCGCGCUGUAAAGAAUGCCUCCAGUUCAUGCUUGAUGCUUCGCAAAGAUUCUCUGAGCAGCAGGUUGAAGAUCUUGAGUGUGAAGUGAAGAGACUCUCCUACGUGGCUGAUCUCAGUGUCCGCUGUGAGAUGGCUAAAUCAAGGGAGCUCGGAAUCAGAGUCAGCUCCGAGGUGAGGCGGGCGUGGAAGCUUCUGGAGCAUCCAGGGCCAUUCACUGAGUUGGAUGAGUUUGAACUGAAGGACAUUUUCAAGCAGCUGGAGACUGAGCUUCCACACAGUGGCCUGGGUAUCACAGAGAAAGAGAGAGUGAUGAUCAUCAAGGCCAUGAAUCUGAAAUUGGGUCAUUGGUAUAAGUGUCCUAAUGGCCACAUAUAUGCCAUUGGGGAAUGUGGGGGUGCUAUGGAAAAGCGUGCGUGUCCUACAUGUGGUGCUGUGAUUGGUGGAGCCAACCACUCUCUCGCUGAGGGGAACUCUGUGGCAACAGAGAUGGAUGGGGCACGGCAUCCUGCCUGGUCAGAGGCCGCCAACAUGCUCAACUUUGACCCUCGUAACUUUUAAAUUCAUAUAUGUUGCCUACUUUUGUCCUGCUUGCACUUAGAUGGGAUUAUUGUUUCAUUCAUAUCAAGAAUAAUGGAAUAAAAAUAUCACUGGCACACUUACACUUAUCGUCAUGUAAGACUUGCUUUUGGUUUUUAAAGAUACUAUUCAUAAUUGUUUUGGAGACUAUAAAUUUAUGCAUUUGAAUAAUGACUUCUUAGACAGGGCACGUUAUUCUGAUUUUACCAUUAUUUACCAUCGUAGGCUCUUAGCAGACAGUGAAGACUUCAUUUGUGCAUCUUUUUUUAACCAGUAGGGGGCAGGGGCGUACUGGUGACUGUUAAUUGAGAACAAGAAAUCCACAAAUAAAUGAAAUGAAAAAUG